AUGUUAGACUUUUUCGGACAGGAGUCUGAUGAAGAAGUAGCAAAACCAACUGCACGAAGUUCUCGUCUGACGAGUCUAAAUGGCCUCGACGAAGUUUUCUGCAACUCUAACGACGGAGAUGCGAAAUGGAAAGCCGUCGUUCCUCCAGCAACUCAAGUUGGCCCGCCAAAAUUGACAAGAGCGCCGAAGAUUGAAAACAACAACGAACCAGUUCCAGCUCCAGUCGCACAGAUGCCUCAUCUUAUCCCAAUGCCUGGAAUGGAUGUCAAGGAAGAAGAUGUCUUUAUCGACGAAAACUCACAAAAAUAUCAAGUCAAAACAGAAAACGCUGAUCCUGAUGUGCUCUCUGAUGGAAUGGACAUUUCUGAUUCGGACGAAUACGACGAAGAAGAGAGAAAUUUCAUCAACAACUCGACUUACUCCGUUGAAACCGGCCAAACUCCUGUCAAGCGAGAGCCUCCUCCGCUAAAAUCGCGCCCCCCUCCUCCCCUUUCUCGACGAAAAUCCCAUUUUUCAAACGACCACUUUUGCCCAGAUUCCUCUCCUCCCGACCUAUCCGGUCCGCCAAAGCUCGCAGCAGCGCCAGGUGUUCUUGAAGACAGUUCUCCUCCGCCAGAAAACGGUCCACCAAAGCUCGAGCCUGCCCCGAAAGUACUUAGUGCUCAAGAAUUCAACGCUUAUCAAUCACCGCCAAGAUCACUGAAACAAGAAAAAAUCGACGAAGCUAAUAAGCGACUCAGACCGCCGCCAAUCCCAAAGUUCACCUUGCUCAAAGAACCUCAAUAUCAUUGUAACAAAGACUUCGUUCGCGCUGGAAAAGAUACCCGCGAUUUGGACUGCGAAUGCCGCCUCCCCAAGGAUCGCCGAGAAAUCUGCUGCGGAGAAGAGUGUCUUAACCGAGCUCUGAUGGUCGAAUGCAGCAACAGAUGUAGAACCGGCGAUCGUUGUACUAACAAGAACUUCCAACGUCGAAAAUACGCGCCCACGGAAGUCUUCUGGGCCGAGGGCAAAGGCCACGGACUCAGGGCAACAGCCUUCAUCCCCCGAGGGACGUUUAUAAUCGAGUAUCUCGGGGAAGUUGUGAGCGCAAAAGAAUUCAAAAAGAGAUCGCACGAAUACGCGCGCAACGGGAAGAAGCAUCACUACUUCAUGGAGCUCUCGCGACAGGCGACGAUUGACGCUUAUCAAAAAGGUGCCGUGUCGAGGUUUAUCAAUCACUCCUGCGAGCCAAAUGCAGAAACGCAAAAAUGGACCGUCAAUGGGCUCCUACGAAUUGGUUUCUUCGCGAUCAGAGAUAUUCAUCCAGGGGAAGAAAUCACCUUUGAUUACCAAUUUAUUCACUUUGGACAGGGUCAGAAAUGUCUCUGCGGGGCGCCUUCGUGCCGUGGUAUUAUCGGCAGGGAGGCUGAUCGAAUCCCUGCCCAAAGAAAAGCGGGGGACAAGGAGGAAGACGAGAAUUAUGGCAAGCUCAUUCUAAAUACGAGGAGGGUAGACUGCUCAGAAGAUAUGGAGAAACUUGCUAGGAACAUGUCUAGAACUUCCUCAAGAGAAAUAAAAGCGAAAUUGAAAGCCCUCGACCUCAUUUUGAACUCAAGUAAAAAAUUGCAGUCUGUCUUCAUGACCAACUUCGGGCUCGAGAUCCUCUGGAGCUACGCGAAAGAAGUCCACUUAGACGACAAUGCGCUCAAGCAUGACCUACUCAGGCUACUUGGCGACCUAGAAAUCUCACACCGCGAUAAGGUUGAAGAUAAUGGGCUGAUUGAGAUUAUUGAUAAAUGGUCCAAAAUUGAGGACAAGUAUCAAGAGAAAAGCUUGAGUAUAGUAACGAAAUGGAAGAGGCUCACUAGGCGUGUUCCACUGAAACGGGAAGCGACCCCUCCUGCAGAACCUGAACGAGAACCAACUCCUCCGCCGAUGCCAACACUAACUCGCAGAGAUUCAAUUCGAAGACGAAGUCCCAGACUAGCGAAGGAACCAUCUCCUGAGGCUGAAAGAAGUCCUGAGAUGGUGCCAGAGACUUGGCGAAAGAUUAAAGAAGAUCGCAGAAGGCAAUUCGAAGAGAAUGUUAGAAGAAGGGACGAACAAGAAGCGCAUUUCAGGGAAAUCGCCAAGCAAAAUGUUGAUCAAAUGGUACUCGACGCAAUGAAUGAAUCAGACAAUGAAAACGACGAAUUUCAUAAUCAUCAUGAUCCAAGAACAUCAACAGAUUCAGCAGUUCUGCCAAAUGAGAUGGAAAAUUCAACUGAAAACAUAGAGGAUUUCAUACCAGACUCACCGCAAGGAAAUCCAUACAAUGACCCGGCUCAUUGGGAAGCAGAUGAACAGCGAGAUUACAUAAAGCGGAUUAUGCAGGAUCUAAAACCAUCAGAAGACGAUGAAAUAAUCUGUGACGGCGCGGGCUGCGUCGUCUCCAGAGACGAUCAAGGCGGACUAAUGGUUUAUAUCCGCGCUGAAGAUGUUGAAGAUUUCGAACAGACCUGGAGAGACGGCAAGAAAUACCAGGAAAAGAAGGAACGCGCGAAGAAAGAGAAAAAAGACGCCGACGCGGCAGAGCUCGAGCGUAAAAUUGCACAAUCGAUGGAAACUACAGUAGCUCCCGCAGAUACAACUGUCGCAAAUGGAGAUGCUGUUCCCGACGAAAUGCUGCCCGACGGCUGGAAAUCGCACAAAGAUGACGAAGGCUCGACUUAUUACUACCACGAUAAAACACGCGAAACGAGCUGGGACCCGCCACAAAUGAGCAAAGAAGAGUACGAAACGAAGAUCGGAAAACUCAGACGCAUGCUUUGUAAGUUCAUCGCCGAGGUUCUUCUUGCUUAUCGCGAUGAAAGCACGACGCACGGGCGAAUAACUAACGAAGCUGAUUACAAAUAUCUGAUACGAAGGUUGUCCCAUGGCUUGAGCAAAAGAAUCACGACAGAGCUGAAUACAUUUCGACUCACAGAGGAAGGCAAAAUGAUGGCUGCUAAAUACAGCCAUAAAUAUAUGACGCGCCAAGGUGAAUGUUAUAUAAGAAGGCCUUCUACUCAGAAACCACCGUCAGCCCCAACCAGUACUGUAUCCUGA